AAACAAUUCCAACCCGAAAUGUCGCCUAACCGUGUUUGGUUGCCACUUGGCCUGCCGCUGCUGCUUUUCCUGCUCGGUUGCCUUGUGCCCUCGACUCGUGGCACCUGCAACGUCUGCAACGCCGUCAACAAUCUGACCUGCUACUCCUCGACCCAGAUGCAGCCCUGCCAGGUGGACGUCCUGUCCACGGCCACGCCCACCGAUUGCCCCAGCGGCUAUGUCUGCGUCAGCGGCUCGAGCGGUGUGCUCUGCCAGCAGGAGGACUCGGCAUCCGACGGUCAGGCGGACUGCCAGGAGUGCAACAGGUGCGAUGAGACCCAGACGUUCGCCUGCACCGGAACCCAGAGCUUCGCCCUCUGCCUGGGCACAGAUACCGUCCAGGAUUCGGUGGGCACCUGUGCCUCCGGUUAUGUGUGCAACAUCAACGACACCCAGAUAUGCGGUCUGCCAGCGGAUGGGGUGAUGCCGACCUGUUCGUAUACCGAUGACUCAACCACAACCACAGUGAGCAGCACCACUAGCUCCACCACAGCGGCACCACCGUCCACCAGCUCGGCAUCCAUUUACUGUGCGGCGGUUCAGUCGCAGGGAAAAUACGCGGUCGGAUAUAACGCGUAUACGACCUGUCGCCAGUAUAUCUACUGCACUCUGGUUGGCGGAAGUUGGAUUGGCCAGACCUAUACUUGUCCGGGAUCCAUGUACUUCGACAGUGCCUCCGAGAUGUGUGUGUCCCCCAUGCCGUCCACCUGUUCCACCACUGCAAGCACGACUUCCACGACGACUGCGGCACCCACGACCAGUAAUCCGGAGGCAUAUUGCCAGGCGAUGCAGUCGGCGGGCUACUACCCGGUGGGUACGGAUUCCAGCACCACGUGUCAUCAGUACAUCGACUGUUUUCUGAACGGAGGCACUUGGGGUGGCAAUAUGUACACAUGUCCCGGUAGCCUCUACUACGACAGUGCCAGCAGAACCUGUGUCUCCACCUUACCGUCUACAUGCUCCACCACAGUGGCCAGUUUGACCCUCAAUGGAGUGGUUUUAGAUUAAAAGAGGAAUCUCUAUGCAAA